AGCUUACUUCUAAAUGCUCAAUAGAUGUUGGCGAGUAAAUCCAACUUUAUGACUGUAAAGGUUCAUCCCCAAGUAGUAAUUCCCUCUGCCUCCUGCUACUUCAUUUCCAAACAAGAAACUUAUACAAUAUGGAUGAAGUCUCUAGUGCUUGGUUGCAAAGGUUGCACUGUCUUUGACGCGAAGGGUCAACUUGUGUAUCGUGUUGAUAACUACAAUUGCAACUUUAGAGAUGAAGUUAAUCUUAUGGAUUCCAAGGGCAAGGUCCUCUUCACAGUACCAAGAAAGAGAUUCAAAUUGUUCAGGUUUUGGGAGGGCUACAGAUCUACAGACAAAGAGAUUGAAAUGAAAAGACCUGGUUUCCAAGUUAGGAAAACCUUGAGGAUUCCAAGAGGGGACUCACCAUGCGAGGUUAUUGUGGGGUUAGAUGAGAAUCAGCCACGCCAUUAUAAGAUCCAUAGCUGGAGUAGUUGCAAGUCAGCGUGCAAGCUAGUAGAUCAAUUCGGGGGCCUCGUUGCAGAGUUGAAGAGAAAGAAAUCAGCAGGUGGAGUUGAUUUGGGCAAUGAUGUUUUGACCCUGGUUGUGGAGCCCUACUUUGAUCACUCUCUUAUCAUGGGUGUUUUUGUUGUGUACUGUCUCAUUAACUGUAAAAUGUGAAAAGUAUGGAAUGACAUCGGAGUAUCUGAGACUCUGAGGUCAUCUAGUGGGAUAUCUGGCAAAUCUCAGACAACAAAAUAAGGGAACAUGUUUCUAGCUAGCCAUUAGUUAGGUUUCCUCUGAAUUUUGGUAAGGUAGGUUUAUGUAUUGGUUUAAUUUUCCUCUGCAUUAGAAUCUCUAUAAGGCUUGGUUCUGUUCAAUCACCACUUUGAGCACCUUUCUAAUGUAGUAAACUGAAGCCCACGUUUGCUCUUUUGAUUAUGUACUUAUGUAUCUCUCCUUAUCCUCCAUCUGUGCUGCAUCAUGGAAACAAUAGAAUGGUUAUUCUGGCUGUUACUAGUUACUGGGGGGAUGUGUUUGCAUGUGCUUUAUAACAUUUCAGACUUGGGGUCACACUCAAGGACUCAAACCAGCUAUGCUAGAAGAAACAGGAUUGAUGCUGUUGCACAAUCACUCAAAA